AUGUACCUCUGGAGUACUUCCUCCAUGUACUACGCAAGUACCUGGCGAAUGGCUCUCUCCCACCCUCCCAGGCUGAUUGGCCCAGCCUCCUCUGCAGUUAUCCAGCCUCCCGCCUCCACUUCUGUCGCAAGUGUUCGCGAUCGCAAGAACACUUCACUACUGCGCGCUGUCGCUGCGACUCCAGAAACACCCCUCGCUCUGAAGCGCCUACACCGAUACACGCCGUCCGCUAUGCUGGACGAGCUAGAUAACGUCUUCGACGACCAUCCGUCGCUGGAUGCCUCGCUCGAGGACUUUGAGAACAACAGUAAUGCGCAUCGCUCCCCACUCUUCGGCCUCCCGUCCCAGCACUCUGGAUUUCGGUCGGAAGAGUCUGAUGGUGAGCUCGAUGACCCUACCGUGGGAGAUCGCUGGUCACCGCCAGGCAUGCAGCAACAUGACUUCGUUCAAGGUAGUGGCUGGUACCGCCAUCAGCCCUAUGGGCGCAAUGCGCACCUCCAUGCAGACCCGUUGGAACUCAAGCCCACGGUCGGGGUGAGCAUCUCGCCAUCCAUGUCGCGCGAACCGAGUCCACAGUAUGAAGAUGCCCUCGAAGGUCCGACGAGGCAUAAGCCCAGUGACGAUGGCGAUGUCACUAUCGCUGCCAAUGUACCUCUACCCCAUAGCGCAGGUACCCCACAGACCGGACGAUCCCCCAGCCCAGUUCCACUGCAGGGCCCAGGUGCAGCGCGCAACCGUCCCGAGGAUGAUGGAUCCGGGUUUGGUGCAGAGAAUCUGAGUAACUACAUUCGUUUUGCGGUGCGCGCAGAAGUCCAGCAUCGCGAACCCUUUGCUGCCAUGUUUGGCUACUUGCGCGGCAAGUUUGAUAGGGUGACAAGUACCAAAUCUAAUACCACCCUGUCGGUUAUAGUCCUCCUCCUAUCUGUCGCAUUUAUGCGCGCGCUAUUUCUUCCCGGCCUGCCCCAGGCAAUUCCCGAUCUGGUCAAGCUAUCGGGCUUUGCGCGCUCAUUCGAGCCGUUGAUCUAUUACUCCGAGAAUGGAGUCCAGCAGAUUGGUACUCUACAAGAGACUGGAGUUGCAGUUUGGGACCUGAGCGAGUCAGUACGUGGUACGAACAUGACCAGUGCGCCCAUCAUCGUCCGGCAAUUAGACGAGCUGUCCGACUCACUCAAGUCGCUGUCCCUUGAGUUGACGCGAUUUUUCGCCAACGUCGACUCGGAUGUCGACUCCAUCCUGAUUGUGAUGGACUGGGCCAAGCGCGAGCUCGAAACGCUAUCUGCACAGCCACCCAGCACCCUUCCCACCAUCGUCUUCGACAACGUGCACAACAUGUUAUCCCGCCUUGGUGCCCUGGAACACACGACCGAAGUCACCGACGGCGGCACCACUGCAACCACGACCACCCUAGGCCACGUCGUCAUGGCCGUCUUCGGUCCAACAUCAGCCCAGCGCACCCGCGAGACACUCACCCGCACCUUCACCGAGUUCCUCUCCGUCCUAGAAGAGUCCAUCAACAGCGAAUUAUCCCACUCAACCGCACUCUUCGCCCUCUUCGAAUCCAUCGACCGGCAAUUCCUCAACCUUCAACGCACCGUCGUCCGCGAAUCAGACGCCCAAGAGCGCGCCGAGGGCGAAAUGCUUAGUUCCCUGUGGACCCGCGUGCUAGGCCCAGACGCAGCCGCGGUGCGCAAGUACGAGAAAAACAAGAAACUCUUAGCAAACGUGCGCAGUCGCACCGUCGCUAACAAGCAUCUCCUGGUUGAUCACCGGGGUCGUCUACUCACAUUAAAGGUGAAUCUGGAGACGCUGCGCCGGAAACUGGUCAGUCCGCUUGUGCGCCGGAAUGACUCGGUCAGCUUUGUGGGUAUUGAGGGUGCGUCUGGAGUUGGGAGCUCUGGUGCUUCGGGCCGUAUGCUCGGUCCCGUCGAAGCGGUUAUCGAUGGCCAGAUUAAGGGAUUGGAGGGUACUUAUGAGUACCUCCGAUCUGUACGGGAACGCCAAAAAGCCAAGCUGAUGGAGAUGGUGUACGGGUCUGGGAGGAAACCAUCUUCGUCGUUAUUGGGUGGUGUCGAUGGACAAGAUGAGGGGAUUGAUGGGGUUUAG